GUGGCGCUGAUCCUGCAAUCAGCAAAGCUUCCACCAUGGUCAAAUCACCCGGCUUGCCGAACUCUGCACCCAAAUCCGGCGCUGCCACGCCCAAAGCCACGCCAAGCGGUCAACCGCCAGCAGGAAAGGUGGUCAUGGCCAAGGCAACGCUGUCAAAGUCUGCAGGCAUCAUAGCCAAGGUCGGACUUGGCUCGCCGGCAGGAACUCCAACCACAGUGCCGCCCAAGGCUGUUGUGGCCAAGGUACCGGCCAAAGUACCCGUGAAGGCAGCGCCGGCGAAAGCAAAAGCCGCACCUGCAGAGGAGCCGGCUCCGGAGAGCGUCUCCAAGGCGUCACCGCCCGCAAGCCCACCGCAGGAGGAUGCCCUGUAUCAGCUGGUGGGUGAGCUCACAGAUGAUCCCGUCGUGCAAGAUGGGCUCAUCCUGGAAGAUCGAAUCAAUGAGGUCUUCCGGCGACUCUGGGAAAGCGUUGCGCGGAGGCCCAAG